AUUCAAGAUGAAGUGUUACUACAUUUUUCGUUUUGAUCCUCCGCCCGAUCUUACUUCUAGUUCUUUCUACCGGUUAGAAUUUGGGAUCUAAGUAGUCAUAUAGGUUCCACCUCUAAUGGCUCAUCGUCGUCCGAUCGAUCGCAUCUUUUUUACCGUAUGGACUUGUGUUUGAUGGUAUUCUGUGGCCCAACUACUCGAACAUCGCAAUCUACAAGUGCUAAUAAAUAGUGUAGUAUAGUAGAGAGGACAAAGCCCAGAAAUAGACACGACAAAAAUGUCCGCCCCGCCGUCCUUCACGGAGAAGGAAAAGGAUGUGGACGUCAUCCUGGUUGGCACCGGGCUGCCAAACUGUCUGUUGGCCGCCGCCCUGGGGCGAGCGGGGAAGAAGGUGCUCCAUCUGGACCCGAACGCGGUUUAUGGGGGUGCAUGGGCGACCUUGAACCUGACACAGCUGGAAGAGUGGGCAAAGACGAAGACGAUUUCGAUUUAUUCUCAUGCAGGAACUACAUCAGGAGCAGCGUCAGCGUCAGCGAGUAUAGAACAAAACGGUGCCCGUCGUGCCGAGGAUGUCGAUAAAAAGAGAAAUGAAGAUCUUCACGAACAGCGCGAGAACAACGACGAGAUUAUCACGCAAGAGGAGCCGAUUCGGAAUUUCGCCUCUUUCUUCUCGCACUCUGCCUACCGGUACGACGUCAGCUAUCUGCCAGCAGCACCGGCGAAAGAUUCUUCAGCCGCGACAGCGGUGGAGGCAGGAGCGUCGGGGAAUAACGACAUCAACACUUCUGCAGCUGCUGGAGAUGUUGAAGGAUUUUCAACAUCAACAAAGCAAAUAGUCCCAGGCCCAGUGAUCUCCCCCAGCAACACGACUAGGUCCUCGGUUUCCACAAGAACGCCGAGUAGCGAGAAAAUACUAACGGAGAUGAGCAAAGAUGCUGGCAUAUCAUAUGUAAAAACAUCCCCACCCCAGAGUUGUCAUGCAGAUUUGCAAGCACAAGAGCAUUUGUAAUGCGCAUCCCCAUGAGAGACAUUGCCCAUCGUGUUUUGGAACUUGUAAUGCUGUAAACAGGAUAAGGAGACGGAUUUGUUAUGCGGCUUCCCUUGCGAACCUGCACUACACUACGGACUGCAACUUGUGAUGCGUGACUCCCAAAAGUUCUAGGUUUGUGUUGCGAAAUCCCCAUCUUGACUAUGGGGUGGGUACGUUUUUACUCAGGAUAUGGCACGAAGACCACGACGAGGACCACGGGAAGUAGAUUUUCAUCUACUGCUGCAGACGGUGGAGCCAGCACAGACAUCAAAGUCGUGGAUGAAGGCAAUGGGGAAGAUCUUCAAGACGAGCUAAAAAGAAACCAAACAGGUGGAGCCACGACGGUAGAAUUACUUGUAGAAAAGAACAAAGACGACAAGAAACAAGUAGAAGAAAAAUUAUGGCACGACAACCCGAAUUUACGGAGACAGAAGCUGCUUCACACCAACCACAAGCUGUGCCGGAACCGGAAAUUUACCUGGAAUCCCUUUGGGCAUUUUUAUUCCAUUGAGGGAAAAAAGAAUAAGAACUCGAAAAAUGGAACGACAGCGUCUUGCGAAGGUCAGCAAAAGCAGCCUGAGCAAACUACUAGCAGUAGCACCUCAAGCGCCGCUGAUGGUGUAGGCAACAACACGAAGAUCGGGGAAGCAGAUGUUGGUUUUGAAAACGAACUGGAGAAACUCCGGAAGCUGAAAAACAAGUUCUCCCUGGACCUCCUUCCUCGCUGCAUGUUCACGAACAGUUCGUUGGUGGAGCUGUUUCUGCAAAUAUUCCGAGUAUAAACAUCCCCACCCCAGAGCUGUCAUGCAAGAAAUUUGCAUGCCAAGAAAGUUUCUCAUGCAAAGCCCCAUGAGAAGCGAUUUCUAGUCGUGUUUUGGGAUGUGUGAUGCUAGAAGUAGCAUGAUAUGCUAGAUCUGUGAUGCUGCUGAACUGGCUAAACAGGAUAACGCUACGAGGACAAAUUUGUCAUGCGAAUCAACCAAAGUUGGCCGAUUUGUCUAGCAGGUUUCCCAUCUUGACUCCGUGGUGAUGUGGGGACGCUUUUACUCAGGAUAGCAAACCGGGGUGAGUCGGUACUUGGAGUUCCAAAGUCUGAACGACGGAAACUUAUCACUCUUCGAUGACAAAGAAACUACUAGUUCUGCAGGAUAUCCUGUGCAAAAGUAUCGUACUCGUAUAAAUGCAGGUCUUGCAUUACAAAUCUUGUUCCCAAGGCAAAUCUGCAUUACAAAUUUCAUUUCUCAUGCUGAGGAAAUUUGUAUGUAGUGAGGUCACGAACGUUCUAUCCUAGCGGUUUUUUUGCCAGUCAGACAGCAAAACGCCCGGCAGUUAUCAAGCGGGCGGAAGUGUUUUUGGACAUAAAAAAUUUUCAAUUAUCAAGCGGGCGGGGCUUUGCCGUCAAACAAGCUCGGUCGAAAGCUAUCGACUCCCGCUCGAUAAAACGACGCAGGGGAGCCGGCAAAAGGGGCGCCCUUCUGAGGCGCCCACCGCCUUAGUUUCUAGCGGUUUGGGGCGCCCAGAAAGGGGGGCCCGAAAAGCAACAAUCCGAAAAAAACAGCGAAUCCGCACAGUAUGGGCCCCAUUUUGGCUUACAUUCGGGCCCCGCAAAAGACGCCACCAAAAUCCGCCACUUCAGAGGCGGACUUAUGGCCAGAAGAUGCGGCAUUUUAAUAAAAAAAACAAAAAAAAACAAAGUCCGCCAAAAGCAAAAAGCCAAUCCGCAUGCUAUGGGCCCGAUUUGGGGCUCCCAAGGGGCCGACCCUGGCGGGGGCCCUGGCGGGGCCAUAGCAUGCGGGGAAGGUUUUUCAUGUCGAAACCUGUCAGCAUAUGCUCACGCUCCAACGAUAAAAUGCUCAACACUCGAUCCAGAGUGAUAAAGUCUCAAUGUUAUAAAGAUCUCAACACAACAACAAAACAAGAACACAAAGAGAUAAACAGCAUUACAAAUCCAGUCAUGAAAUCGCAAACAGCAUUACAAAUUCUAUGAAGAUGCUGACGAAUGGAAUUCCCACGGACGCAAUGUACUCCACAGGCCUUGAGUCAUACAAUUUGCAUGACAAGCUGGCAAGUUCCAACUGUAAUAAGAACAUAAAUGCUCUGCUAUAUUUGCAUUGCAUUCUGGUGGUUUAUAGUGUUCAGCAUUCGUCUGCUUUGGCUCGGGAUUAGCCACAGAGGUAUGAGCCCAAACCGUUUCCACUAGCGCCAAAGAAUUUUUUAAGCGACAGACAAUUUUUUUUUUAUCUACUUGCUUAGCAGGUCGCAAGCACCUUAACAAAAAAGCGCAAUAGCUGUAGUCAUUUCAAAGAGAUUUUUGCUGGAGCUUUAGCGUAGAUUUUUUACCUUCCAGGUAUUUUCAAGCAAAAUCCUGGAAAAACGGCGAGACCUGCAUUAUAAGCCGAAUACUCUUGCAUUCGAUAGCGACUACAUUUUUUUUUUAGUUUUCAGCUUCUAGGGUAUAGCUCCUGACCACAAUUUUUUUUUGCACAAACGCGAUCGCACUACGAACAGGAAGCAUUUAGAUGCAUAGAGGCCAACUGUCCACAUAUCAACCGGGAAAAGAAUUGCACUUGUUUCAGAUUACACAUGCACACUGCUACCGGCGUAAAUGCUUUCCAUAUUGCCUGCACUCGCGCGACCUAAGUCUUUCCAUGCAAUUUUUUGCAACCGAUCACUGCCACUUGGUAUCUCGUUUUAAAAAAUGAUUACCAUACCUUGACGCGGGAAAACAGAUCUUAUUUUUAUUUUUUUUUAACUUGGACCGCCGCAAGACAACGGCGACAGGGUUUAGAAUUUUUUCAGCUUUGGCCACCGGAAAAGCUACAAGAACUACGAAAAAUCUGUUCUCACCGUUUACGCUUAAAAACUAUCGACGCUAAUUUUUUUUCUAGCUGAGACGCGCCUAGUAGCCAGAAAGCGGGCGCACACACUACCAAACCCCUCCGACUGGCCUAUUGCCGAGAUAUCCAGUUUUACGCGCUGAAAAAGCUAAGCGUUUUUGUCUUUCCUAUCGCAUUCCCACGACGUUACUUUUUUGAAAAAUCGUUAUCGUUUCUGCGCUCUCGCGCAACACAAAAACUACGUUGCAAAAAUGCCGACGCUCGCGCAUUGCUUGACCGCAAAAACAUCAUCCCCGGCGGGUUGGUCCAACGAUCCCGGCGUGCCUACGCCCCUGGCCAAUCCGGACGAUGGGGAUGUGUGCGAGUAUUCGUGGGGACGCACAGCCGCGGAAGAAGAAGCGGAGCGACGCCGGCAGGUCGCGGAACAAGACCGGGAAGAACUAGCGCGACAAGCGGCCAGAGAAGAGCACGAGCGGAAGCAGCAGCGUGAAGCCGCUGCAGCAGAGCGCGAGCGAGCAGCAGCAGCGGGAAAACUGAGAAAGGAGAAACAGCAACGCGACGCCGCUGAGUUGCGUGCACACCUGGAACACCAGGCCCGGGAAGAAGCGAAGAGGACCCGGGAAAGAGAGGAAGCCGAGCAACAAGAGGCAGAAAGGAAGGCAGCGGAGGCAGAAGCAAGACGAGCGGCGGAGCAGCAGCGGCAGAAACAAAAACAAGAAGAGGAAACGCGAAAAAUGGAGGCAGUGGCCGCGAAUAUGGGCGGCCAGCAGUAUUCGCACGAAGAACACCGAUUAAGGUAUGUCCUUGGUGUGGACGGGAAUUACAAAAGAAAUCCUGACCGAGCGGAGUCCAGUGGUGACGCCACGGCAGCAGCAGCACCCGCGGACACCACAGCAAUUGCAAAAGCGGCGCCAGUAGUAGCAACUUCGAUUACUACUGUGCCAGCGGCAGCAACUUCGACUACCAGUGCGCCAGCAGUAACAACUUCGACUACUACUGCGCCAGCAGCAACAACUUCAAUUACUGCUGCACCAGCAGCAGCAAUUGCAACUACAGACGCAACCACUGCGACUGCUCCUGAUACGCAGCAACCGCAGCAGUUGCAGCAGCAACAGGCUUCGAAGCAGAGAAAUAGUAUCUCGCUGGUGGACCCGGAACAGCCGAUAAUUGAAGCUCAACCUGUCCAGCACUCCUUCGCUCUUGGGUCCGACGGAAAGUGCUACCGCAUCGACUUCGGGACAAGAACAGCAGCAGCAGCACCGCAAGCGCCGAGCUCGAUGCUGCAACAGCGGCGAAAUUUAUUUUCCACCCCCCAGCACCAGGCUCAAGAUCAUCGGGGAACUUUGGAGCAUGGUGCUAGUAUCGGCGAAUACAAAUUUGAUGCUGGGGAGCAGAAAUUUGAUGCUGAUUCCAGUAUGAUGGCGAUGCAAAUAGAUAGUUUCCAGAUCGGGCAAGAUUUUACUCAGGCGCAGAAUCCGGGUGGAUGCAUGCAUUCUUACCAACAAAAUAGUUCUGGGAAGCACCAAAAUACCGACGCGGGACAGCUGCAACAGGGCCCCGGAGAUGGCAAGAAAAAUUCGCACCCCGGCGGGGGAGACAAAGACGACGGCGACAAAAAUUGCAAACGCUCUGGUGGAAAUAAGAACAAGAAAAAUAGGAAAAAGGGAAAAGAAAAGGACGGGCCGCCGUCCGACGGCGACAGUUCCGACAGCAGCAGCAGUAGCUCGAGCAGUAGUUCGAGUUCGAGUGAAAAUGAUGAUGAGCCGAGCACCAGCAGCAGCAGCAGUUCGAGCAGCAGCAGCAGCGGCAGCAGCUCGCAGGCUGACAAAAAGAAGAAGAAGAAGAAGAAGAAAAAUGACAAGAAAAAGGGCAGGAAGAGCAAAAAUGAUAAGAAAAUGAAAAAAGAAAAGAAGAAGCACAAGAAAGACAAAAAGAAAAAUCGAGACAAAAUUUCCAACAUCCAAGCUUGGCGCGAAGGACAGUCCGAACCUUUUUCGACGUGGAUGCAUCGACAACGGCGAAGGGCUUCGCUUUAUUCGCUGUUGAGGCAUCUUGAUGAUCGCAUCCAGUCUGCAGUAGUAAAAGCGCGAUUUUGUACUCUGAGAGACACCGCAAUGAAAAGCGGAAAGCUGCGGGGUUCUGCGCAAAAAUUCAAGAGUAUUCGGGCUCAGUGCGUGGGCCUUUACGAGGGUAAGGAAAGUGCAGCGGCACUUUUGCGGGCGGCGCCACAAAAGAAGUCGGAAAAUAGUACAACUUUUCUACAGAAGUUCGAGCGACGCGCCUCCCAAUUAAAAUUGACGGGCACGGAACAAGUUCGAACUCUCAAAGAGAUAUGCAAUAGCGACUUCCUCAGUGCUAUCGUGGCGAGAAGAGCGACGGAGCCUGUGGAUUUCGCCAGUGCUGCUGCAGAUGCGGACUUACUUUUAAAAAAGAAAGAUGAAGAGUCUUCCGAUGACAGCGACAACGGAGAAAGCCGGAAAAAGAAAAAGAAGAACGACAAGCGUGCCAGUUACUUUGCCGGCGACAAAGAUGGCAAAGGAAAAGGCAAAUACGGAAAGGACGGAAAAGGUGGAGAGUAUAGCUAUAAUUUCAGCCCCACGCCGUACCCAGCGAAGAACUGGAACAACGAAGCAGGGGAGAACAGGCACCAGGAAAAUGGCCAUUGGAAUUCUUGGCAGCAGCACAAUGGUCAUUGGAAUUCUUGGCAGCCGCACAAUGGUCAUUGGAAUUCUUGGCAGCAGCCGCGAAAAGACAAGGACAAAGGCAAAGGCAAGCACGAAAAAGGAAAAACGUACUACGGCGAAGACGAGAAGGAGAAGUCGCACUACGGCGAUGGCGAGAAGAAAGACAAAACGAAGAAACGCAAAAAGUCUUCGUCCUCGGAACGGACUUUCUUUUUGACAGAAAUCGAACAGGCUUUCUUCGCGAAGGAACGAGGAACAAGAAGAAGACGGCGUAGUGACUGUAAGUUUUUUACUCGAUAGUGGAACCACGGCCCACAUCGCAGCGGAAGAAAAAUUCCUAAAGAAUACCGAGGAAAUUUAUCGACCAUUUCGCACAGUCGGCACCCCAGCAAUAGCGACAAAGAUUGGAACUUUAUGCGGUAGAAUCGGCGAAAAGCGAUGCAAAAUCCGCAAUGUCAAUUUUAUCAAGGGCGCCAAUGUGUCGAUUUUGUCAGUGGGGGCGCUAGUAGCUGCAGGCGGAGACAUAAACUUCAAGAAAAAAUAUUUGGAGUUUUCCGAUGGAGAGCGUACACCCAUCCUGCAGAAAAAGAAUCUCUUCUACGUAAAGAUGGGAACCAACGUCAAAGGGUCGCAGGAUGGAGACUACUACGAGCAGGAUGCCGACUACUAUGCGGCUUGUGAGAGUAAGGAUUGGCUGAGGUCGACUACGAUGGGUCCGGCUGUCUUCGCUGCAAAAGAGUAUCUCGGCGCUGCUAAACUCGCUGGGCAGCUCUAUAGCCAUAAGCAGGAAGGAGAAAAACGAAAAAGAAAGAGAGAAAGAGAGAAGAAAACGAAAAACAAAAUCGCGAAACACGACCUGGCUACUCCUAUUCCGGUGGGCCUUGCGUCUAGGUCCACCCCGUCCGUAAAACUCCCCAAAGAAAUGCAGAAUUUCUAUGAGGAUUUGUCUGAAGCUUUAGAUCCUGCGUCUUGUCUUGCUACUGAUGACAAGCCUGAUCUAGUUAGCAAAGAGGUAACUUAUUACGACGGUGAAUCGCUACGAAAAGUCCUGUCUUCGAGGCCGAAGCACUUACGGGCACUUGUCGAAAAUUCUCCACCACUAGUCCUCCUGGGUGAAACUAGGAUGACGAAGAAAGUGGAAAAACAGGCGAAAGAGAAAGUUUUGCAUGGGAUAGGCUUGAGAUAUGAAGUAUAUUUUUACAGUACUGCGAAUGCCAGAGCAGGCAUGGCAGCGCUUGCCCUGCGCGAUGCAUGGUGUGAAAAGAGUUCGAUUUCUUGUGCCCCGCACCUGCCUGAAGGUCGAGGAAUAGUUUUACGAAUGCCGCGACUGACUACAAUGAAAAUCCUUGGGGUGUAUGCGCAAAAUAGAGCUAAAGACGCGCAUGAGUGGGAUGCUUCUUUCCGCAAAUGCUUACAGUCUUUGGGGCAAGAGAUUUUGGCUGUUGGAGAUGUAGAUUAUGUCUUGGGGGAAAAAGAUUUUGAUUCUGUUUUAGCAGGCCUACCGGGCACGCGCGAUGCGGACCGGGCAGAGUGCUCUGCUGUUUUGAAAGAGUUUAGGCUUGUUGAUCGCUAUCGCGAUUUGAAUCCUGAGGGGGUGCAGUACACCUGCACAACUUGGGGGCUUCCAGAGUUUGAGAAUAAAAAUGGAAAAGGCCUACGAAUCGAUGUUGCUUGGGUGAGCGAAUCGCACAAGCAGGAGAUCGAGGAUGUAAAAACUAUACCUGAAAUCCAGCGAGGGUGUGGCGAUCGCUUUCCUCUGCGUGUGAUUUUUCAGGGAUCCAAAAUUCCACAAAAACAGGAAAAAUUUGCAGAAAAACUUCCGCCCACUGAGAAAAUGACGGCGGAGAAAGUUGCUGAGCUAGCACAUGGCGUGGGGUAUCCAAAUUUUCAGACAGUUUGGGAAGUUGUGCGAAAGCAUGAUCCACGCCAAGCAGCCAAGGCUUUGGUGGUUGAAUAUUGCAAAACGCAUCUGAACCGCUUGACUCACCUCCCGUUCCACCACAACAAAAAAGGGGGGAUCAAAGUUGAAACUAUUGAGGAAUGGCGUGCCUUGGACACGUUCUAUCUUGAAAGUAAACAACUCACAGCGCUACACUGCGUGAAUUUGUUUUCCAAGUAUUCAGUUGUGAAAGUUUUGAAAAAGGCAGCGCCAACAGCUGACGACACUGUAAAUUUUUUACGCCUUUGCCGUGAGCGAGGUGUUUUGGGAAAGAAUCUCAUGCGUGAUUUAGGAAGGGAAUUUUACAACCUUGCAGCGGUUGAACAAAGUGAGCUCUAUGGUUGCAAGAUGCAUUUCGCACCAGUGGCAGCGCACUGGUGUAAUCCCAUCGAGCGACGCCACUUGACAAUCAAAAUGCUUAUUGCCAGACUUCGACUCAUUUAUGGGCCGAAUGUUAUGCAAAAGGUAGUUGAAGAGGCUGUAGCUGCGAUAAAUGAGCGACCGACAACAGUUCUAGUGGGAUUGUCUCCCUACCAGUUUCAGUACGCAAAAAGCCCGCCUCUGUACGAAUCUCCGGAGGACCGCGAGGGUCCAGCUUUGCCGAGAUACAGAGAUGGCUCGACAGCAUCAGAAGCUUACAAAUUUCGAAUGCUAGUCCGUUCACAGCAUGAAACACUUCAGCGCGAGAAAAAUCAUGUUGCGGAACUUGAGAAAAUUCCUGAGACUUCGCGCAAAUUUUUCCAUGAAGCUGCAGCAGUUAAGAUUGGAGAUUUUGCUGAAAUUUGGUGUGAUGUCACUAAAGGUUGGGCAGGACCUGUGAAGGUGAUUUACAUCGAACACCACGCGACAAGCAAAACGCACGUGGUCGAUAGGAACGGUUUCUAUUCCAAAAUCCAUCCCGCACAUAUCAGACAGCGUAUUACACUUGACCAGAUGACUUUUCCACCUAGUAUUCUUCGCAUUGCAAAGCGAACGCACAAAAUCCAACAAGAUGAAAGCGACCCUAGCGCGGUGCUAUCGGAUCGCUAUCGCCUUGAAAAAUUUGAACAGCAAAAGCCAGAAGCCAAAGAAGAACUGCUACGACACCGACAGCGAUUGAAUAUGCCACAAAAUCCAAAGCCUGACUUAUCGGGAAGCUCCCCGAAAAAACCUCAGGUAGAGAAAGAAAAUUGCGAAGCUGAAUUUUUGGAAAAUGAGAAAAAUGAAAAUGAGAAAAAUAAGGAAAAUGAAAAAGAAAAAGAGGCUGGCCAACCACCCAUCCAAACCGACCCUUGGGGCCUCUGGCCUACCGAGAUCGGAUUCGCUCAAGGUAGGGGAUGAGAAGGACAGCAAAAAGGAAAAAGAAAAUCGCGCGGGGGCUGCAGCCCUGGACGCGAAACAGAAAAAGAAGAAAGACGACAGCAGGCUAGUUGCCGAGGCUACUACUGUCGCGGAUGUGAAAGAAUUUGAUGAGUUUGCAUCUCGCGCUGUUGAUGUAGAAGAAAGUCGAACAGCUGGCGACGCCAUCACUCCUCUCCUCGAGGAUCAGAUGGAGCGUGCUAAUAUUUCCAACAAAGGAUUUAGAGUCACGAAAAACUACACCAAUGAGCUUUAUCGUGAAAUGAAGGAAGACUGUCCAGAAAUUUUGCCACAAUCGCCUGGCUCCCCGGGAACAAAAAUUCCAUAUGGGAAGCGAAAAGAAGCAAUCAAGGAACUUACGCAGGCACUUCUGAGAAAGCAAAUCAAAGCACACCAGAGGACCACUGGCAACAGAGUGGGUACUCGGUUGAGAUCGUUGGAAGAGCAGCAAAUUGAAAAAGUGGCAAGCGCUUUGCGCGACCAAUACAAGGACGACAAAUCGUUUCAGAUCGUGGACUUCUGUGCAUUUGUGGCAAAUUUGAUUUUUGAGCACGACGCUGAGAGUGAAGAUUUUUGUUUCAAUCUUACUCCCGAACAGCAAAAAGACCCAAAAAUGGCGGAAGCUAUCGCGAAAGAAUUGAAAGCACGCAAAGGAGUUUUUGUACAGGCUACGGACCAAGAAAUUUCUGAGUACCAGAAAGCCAACAAGAAGCUUAUCCCGUGCAAAUUGAUUCUGAGCGUGAAAAGAUGCGGAAGGUUUGAAGCGCGUUUGGUUUGCUUAGGGUUUUUAGCACCCGACAACGGGAUCGCGCGCUAUGUGGGGGUUACCGAUAUGCAAAUCAUUAGGAUGUUUCUGGCUUUGCUUGCCAAUGUGCCAACUGUUGAGUUAUUUUCUGCAGAUGCAACUUCAGCAUUUUUGCAAGCUGGCCAUCCGCUUUUGGAUGGUGACGAAAUGCCUUUGAUCCAAUUGGAUUCUCGCUUAUCGAAUCUUUUGGGGUAUCAAGUGGGUAAAAUUCAAAAGUGCAUGAAUGGGUUGCGACGUUCCAGUAUAGGAUGGGCACUACAUCGGAAUAGAAUUUUGCUGGAAAAAGGUUGGAAGCCGUUCUACAACGACCGAACAGCUUUUCACAAAGAUGGCGCUUGUCUGACAGUUUUUGUCGACAACUUCUUUUUCUGGGGUGAUUCGGAAACAAUUCAAAAACUAUACUUAGAAUUGAAAGAAGAACUGCAGCUGGUUGAAGAACCACCAGAGGAAAAUGAGUUGGCCCAGACUUGGGACGUUUUGGGCAUUGCAGCCAUUCGCAGCAAGGUAGAUGGCUCCGCUACCUUGUCUGGGGGUGCCUAUGUUACAAAAUUGCUUGAAAAAUUUGGAGGAGAAGAUGGAAAGGAGUACAGUACGCCAGUGCAAACUGCUCCAGAUCCACUGGAAGAGCCUGAUCAAACUCUUUACGGUCCAAAGAUGGCUCUAUGAAUGCGGCUCACUGCAAUACUUGUGCAGCAUUAGGCCGGAUAUCUUGAUAGCGUUGAAAUAUGCUAGCAAAGCGAAAACGACUCAAAGUUCUAUCCAGUGUCUGAGGCGUAUUAUUCGCUAUUUGCGCAAGCGUAGAUGGCUAGUUUACCGCAAAGACGAGAAGCUCACACAGAGCAAGCAGCUAGUGUUAGACUGUUGGAGUGAUUCUGAUUGGGCAACAGAACAGGGCAGAUUCUGUACGUCUGGGAUUCUUAUUUACCUGAAUUCUUGUGCAAUUGCCUUCAAGGCAGAGACCCAGAGUGGGACUGCGGCUAGUACUUCUGAAGCCGAAAUAUAUGCAGCUUCGCAAACGUGCAAGCUCUCGACGUACUUGAAGAAUGUCCUUGCAGAAGUUAUGGAAUCUGGUAUGUUGAAAGGUUGGACUAUUGUGCAACCCAUGCCAUUGCAUUUGGAUAAUAUGGGAUGCUUGAAAUGUAGCACGUCCCUGGAAUCCAAUUCCAGACUCAAACAUAUUGACAUUAGGCAUUGUUUCGUAAGGUUCAACGUCGAGAAUGGCACACACAAGGGAUCAUAUGCAAAAAGUGAGGAACAACGCGCAGACGGACUCACUAAAAUUUUGUCUCCGAUUCUAUUCAGAAAAUUUCUUGAGUUUCUGAAUAUGGAGGAAGAAAAAUGAAGAAAGUGAAAGAAAAAGAAAAGUAAAGAAAGUGAAAAAAGAGGAGAAAGAAAGAAAUUGAAAGAAGAAGAAAAGUGAGCAAAUUGCUGAUGAUUCUGACGAUGCAAAGUAUAUGCACAAGCUUCAAGCAAAUUCUUGGCUACUUGUAUGAUUUGAAAUGAUGAAAACUAUUCGCAUGCGUGUUGGUCGGGGAAGCCUAUUCUCCACACCUCUCAAUCAGGCAGCCGGGCCCGGGCGAAUAAAGGCGCUAUCAAGCACCUAAAGAGCUGCUAUCUUGAAAAAGCGCCGCGCGUGCUGCUAUUGUUUCCGCCGCGGCCCUGCCGCUCGGGGGGCGGCGCCCUUGUUCUUUUUUCCUUUCCCCCCGGCCGCCGCCGCCGCCGCGUUUCUGUUCUUUCGCCGGCGGGGCCAUCCCGCCGGGCGCGGCGGGCGCCAUUUCUUUGCCGGGCCGGCGGCUCGGCGGCACCUCCGGGAAGGAGGUUGCGGCGGAUAAGUUCGAGGAUUGGGGGGGGGCUAGAUUUUUGAUAAAAUCGGCGCUAACUAGCAGGCUAACUUUUUCCAUAGCAUUUCCUUCCCCAUACGCUUGACAAAAAUUAGACCCCUGGAAAGGAGAGCAGAAAGACGAAAAAUAGCGGCGCCUGAAACUCCGGCGGACCCCCCCGACGGACGGCCCGGCCGGGCCGGGCCCUUUGCCGGGGCGUUUCCGGUUUGCCGGAAAUGGGGGCCCGUUCCGCUAUCGGCCCGCCUGCAUGUUAUUGCUCGGCGGCCCCGAUGGGCCUCCUACCCCAGCCCCCCGGAUCGGUAGCAUCCCCGCGUCGCCACUUUUUUGCGCCUUGGGCCGGGUCGUCUUUCGGCUGGGGCGAAAAAAAAAAUUUAGCAAAAAUUGAGGCGCCAAUUAGCAAAAAUCCUCGCCCGGGCCCGGCAGACUGAUCUCAACCGGUAGUAGGUCGAUUUCCGCUCGACAACUUGAUGCUGCGCAGUAAUGAUGCCGAAACAAGACGACUCGAAUUUCCGAUGGGUUUUGACACCGAUCCGAAAAAUUUCAAGUGGAUUCGAAGGAGGAGGAAAGAAGAUUUGGGAGGAGAAGACUAAAAGUCAAACUCUUCGAGAAAACAAAAGUCGAAAGUAAAUUACUACCGCGCUACUUUACUACGGAUUAUAAAAGAAAAAAGAUUUCUAUCUGUCUGGGCCUCUGCAUUGGUUUUCAAGAAAAAUUGCACAACCAAAAAUUUAUGAAAAAGGAGCACUUUUAUGACAAAAAGACCACGCAAGAUUAUGACUAUUUCGCGCUAGGCAAUUCUUCUAUUUUUCUCGAAGCUUUGAAUGUGAGAUGUUGUGUGAUUGUUGUUUUUAUCUCGAUUCGGAUUUUAUUUCGAUUUAAAAAAAAUAAAAAUUAUUGAUGUUGUAUUACCCCGAGAACGCUAAUUGUAUGAUGAACAAGAAAAAUGUAUGAUGAACAAAGACAAAAUUUCUCACCACGUAUUUUUAUAAAAGCAUUACUUUCCAAGCCUAGAGCUCAAAAAUACUCUAUCGAAGACAAGAACUACUUGUACGAUUUACACCUACGAUAUAGAUUCCAGAAGUCUAUACGUAGGGGGGAUAAACGGCAUAGCAGCAAGAUUCUACGUAUAGACUUUUAUGGCAUUCAGAGCGCAACUUUUUCACUGAUUUUCAGAAAGUAACAUCAUGGAUUUUCAACACCUAUACUAUUUUUACUUCUACUGUAGUUUCCAAAACUGGUCGAGUAUCGAGCAAGGGGGGGUGUCAGCAUAUGCUCACGCUCCAACGAUAAAAUGCGCAACACUCGACCCAGAGUGAUAAAGUCUCAAUGUUAUAAAGAUCGCAGCGCAACAACAAAACAAGAACGCAAAGAGAUAAAUAGCAUUACAAGUCCAAUCAUGAAAUCGUAAACAGCAUUACAAAUUCUAUGAAGAUGUUGACGAAUGGAAUUCCCAUGGGCGCAAUGUACUCCACAUGCCUUGAGUCAUACAAUUUGCAUGCCAGGCUGGUAGUUUCCAAUUGUAAUAAGAACAUAAGUACUCUGCUACAUUUGCGUUGCAUUCUGGUGGUUUAUAGUGUUCAGUAUUCGGGACGUAGGCCGGAUCAUCCCCCUCAAGGUAAGAUCACCCCCCUCAAGUUUCCAAGAUCACCCCCCUCAAGUUUCCAAGAUCACCCCCCUCAAGGGCAUAGGGUUUAGGUUUGGGCUAGGGUUUAGGGUUUAGGGUUUCGGCGGUGUCGUCUGGGCCAGCCGUCGCGACGGCGCCGUCGCGACGGCUGGCCCAGACGAUUCCCCUUUGCCCCUUCCUGUUCCGGGCCGGAGGCACGCGCCGCCGGCCUUGCCGCCCUCGCGCCCCUCUCUGUUCUUUGCCCCCCCUUUCCCCCUUCGUUGGUUUGCCGUGACCCCGCCCGGGGGGGCUCGCUCACUGUGCCGCCUUUGUUGCCUCAGGGGGCGAGGCGCUAGGCGCUCCCGGGCUUCCUCGGGUGGCUGCCCGCCUGUAGCACAUCUUGGCCCAGGAAACCUCUGGGAAGGCCUUCCAGCAAAUACCAACGCCGCCCCGCCCUGCCCCCGGUCUGCCUGCCGCCGGCCCGCCUGCCCUUGUCCCCCCCCGUAGCCUGGCUGCCUGCCCCCGGCCUCGCUCGUUGCCCCCUACCUUCCUGCCCCCGGCCCACCCCCUGGCCCCCCUAACCCCCCCUGCAUCUUGAGGGGGGUGAUCCUUGGGGGGAUGAUCCUGCCUAUGUCCGGGAUUAACCACAAAACCAAAUGGAGGCCGCCUCUGGAUCGAGAUUUUCAGGGACUGCCGUGCCGUCGUGCAUAACAUUACUCACGGCGGCAUGGUGGGAAGGGAAGCCGCGUCGUUUUUUGAAGUGAAGACAAAAAAACCGCCAUGACCUCACUACCCCCGCUGAGGCGGCUAUUAUUGGUAAUGCAUUUAUACGAGUGCGAUGCUUUUGCAGUUCAUACAGGAAGAGAAACGUCGUCGAAAGGUGCAGGAGGAAAAACAAAAACCACCCGCAGCUCAACAGCUAUUUCCUCAGCCUCCUCCUCCUCUUCCAGCAAGUUUCUCAAAGUCCCGUGCUCGAAAUCCGGCAUCUUUCAGAGCAAGAAUCUCUCGCUUGCGGAGAAGCGCCAGCUGAUGAAGUUCCUAAACCAAACGUCCGCGGUAGCGCUGAACUCUGAGGCGAAGUUGGGGCACGAUAAGCACGAGAAGAAUUCAAUAUUCAAUACACUUGCUCCUGCUGGUGGACGUGGACCCUCAAGCAGCCGCGGCGGGGACCGAAGUACAACUACUUCUAGCGCUGUUGACCAAGAUGUUGAUUUGCUAUCCUGCGAAACCGUGCUCUUCGCGGAUUUUCUGAAGGAAGCGAACUUGAGCCAGAGGCUGCAGGACUACGUGUUGCACGUGGUGUGCAUGGAGCAGGAAAAGGAAAAAUCGAAGCCAGCGUCCCUUCUUUCCAAGGAGGAGGGCUUGGUGAAGAUGACGCAAUUCGCGUCCGCAAUGACCCGGUUUGCGACGGAUAGCCCGUUAUGGAUUGCAAAAGUAUCGCACUCGUAUAAAUGGAUUACAAAUUAGCACAGCAUUACAAAUCAAAUUUGUAAUGCUGCUUUGCCUUGAGAAAGAGAUUUGUAUAUGCAUAAAAUGCAAUUACUACGAGUACGAUACUUUUGCACAGGAUACCCGUUUCUGUACCCCAUGUACGGCACGAGCGACGUGGGGCAGGCCUGGACUCUAUCCAGUGCAAAUUUAUCUGAGUCUGGAUGAAAGCUGUAAUGCUAAAAGUGAAUGGGAGGCGCGCUGCAAUAUGGUGCCAGGCAUGACAAAUUUUUGGGCUCCUAGGUGUUGCGUACUCCGCAUGGCAAGCUGCGUCUUUGCAUGACAAGUAACACGACUCGUUCGUGCCGAUGCAUCACAGAUUCUCGACGAGUCAUGUCAGACAUGCAUGACAAAUGUAGCAUCAAUCUCCCAGACCCAGACAUAUUUACACUUGAUAAACUCGGAUGGGCGCGUUGCACGAAGUCGUGUUUGCGCUGGAGUGUGGGGUCGAGGAGAUUCUGUUCGAUGUUGAGCACCAGAGUGAAGAAGGUGAUGAUGAUAAAGACGAGCUUCAUGCUGAUGUUCUUCUUGCCGGUCGAGGUGCUGGAGGGACGAUCAGAAACAAUCAGCGGACGAAGAACAAUAGCCAAGUCGUCCGCGGUAUCCGGGCUUCAAACAAGGACUUCGUGCGGUGCAGAGAGGCGAUUGUCCUUGGGCCGGAAUAUUCGGUCCCGAUGCACCAGCAGAAAAAUAGUACUGCGCCAACUACGACAGGAACAAGGGACCUCGAAUGUAAAAAGUUGCUGCACCCAGCCAGCUCCAGCAGCAAAUACACCCUCCGAUUGUUGUGGGUCACCACGGGUUCGCCGUUGUUGGAGAUUCCCGGGUUUGGGUUCUGUGUGGUUCCGCAGCAAGCAUUACAAAUCCCAUCCAAAUCGUGCAACAGAAAUAAAAAUCCGAUUCAAAUCAUGCAACUCGACCACCGGUCAGGAACGGUGCCGGAGGGCUAUCACGCGGUGCACGCGGCGCAGGUCUUUGAUAUAGUAAAAAGAACCGCCACUGGAACAACUGCCGCGACGGCGACAGCAGAGCAGGAUGUUGUGCAUCAGGAAAUAAACGAAGACCAACAUGAGAGCAAGCUUUUAGCCGAGGCGCUGGAAAAUUUGAGUUGCGAAGUACGGAAACUGCUGCAGUACAGCUACGAAGAUGUAGUUGAACUAAAUGGAGAAGAAAAGCCGGGGAUGCCGAAAACCAAAGUUCUCUUGCAGCUCACGUACGCACAGCGGGUGAAAACUACAAGGUCAUCCACCACUUCUACAGAUUAUAGCCCGUCUGUAGAUCCAGAUCCUGUUGAAGUUGAACAACAAGCACAAGGCGCAAUGCAAGCUACCCCGAGAACCACCUUCGCCAACUAUCAAGAAGAAAAAUCCCCCCUCCCCAUAUCAAAACGUAAAUCUGUGAUGCAGAUUUUCGGUCACAAAUCAGCUUUGUGAUGCUACUUAGAAGGAAAGACGUGCGGAGUGUAGUGCUGGCUGGCGUGGGAAAGCCUUGCGCCUGCAGCAUGACGGAGAGCAACUGGAAGUGGGAAACAGAAUGACAAAUUGCCUACAAACGAGGCCACAACUGCGGCUCUUGGCUUUCUGGCAUUACAAGCCGAUUUGUGUACUCAAAGACAGCAUGACAAAUUUCGUUUUUGAUCUGGGGAGGGGGGAUUUUUCCUUUUGAUACCAACCUCCACACCGACGAUUUCCUUCCGAAUUCACUCUUCCUUCUCGAUAUCCUGUGCAAAAGUAUCGCACUCGUAUUGCAAUCAUGCAUUACAAAUCCUUUUGUUAAGGUAAAUCAGCAUUACCAAUUUUAUUUCUAAUGCUGAGGAAAUUUGUAAUGCAUUUAUACGAGUACGAUACUUUUGCAAUGCAUACUCGAAGACGAAGCUUUCACCGCAGAGAAGCUGUUCCGGAAAAUCGUCUCGAAAAAAGCGUGCGAGUUUUUGGAGAAACCGAAGUAUGUACAGGAACGGGAAGAGGAAAUGAUGAAAGAGUCAGAAGCGCAGUACAAGGACAUUAUCGGCGACAUGGAGGAGACGGUCUUGAAGAAGGAAGUGCAUGAGAACGUGAUUGAACGUGAAACAGAACAAACAAGUGCUGGUGCGGACCACAUGACUGUUGGGCUGGAUGCAGUUGGAGCAGGAGCGUCGUCUGGGGUUUCAGCAGGUAGUGCAGCUGUAGCAGCGUCAGCGGACGCGGCGAGGGGGGAAUGAAGCUCCUCGGUGUGUUCUGACGACGCCAGUUCUUGCGAUGUAAGUGCUAUAAGGAAAGAUUUGUGACUUCAUCUACACGACCGUCUGCGAAAAGACGCAGGUGAAUCAUGUGAGUGGUUUCGCGUUUUUGAUGUUUCUGCAGCGACUAACUAACAUAACAUUAACAGCGACAUGAGGAGAAGUUUUUCCACAUUGACUAUGGAGUUCUAGUCGUAAUGAAAGAAAAU